AUGUAUAUAGAGGACGAAGGGCCGAGCGUAUCAUCUGCUGCACCGUGUAGUCCAAAUACACAACAAUCAUCCAUUGACGAAGCCGAUCGUUUCAGCAUCAAUGAAAUUGGCCAGGCCAUGUACGUGAACGACAUCAAGGCACGGAUUGACCGAAUACCCAGCAUCCACGCUUCAGGCGAGCCCAUGAUAUCCUCGUUUGGCUCAAAGCAAUCACCAAUGAAGUACGACAGUAGCAGUAACAGCAACACCACCACCACCACCACCACCACCACCAUUACCACCAGCAACAGUAAUACCAGUACUAUGGACGGAUCACAGAAAAUGGACACUGAUACUGGAUCUGAGGGAUAUCCAUCGACUGCUGUAACGGCGCUGCCGCACGACGUUCCACAGUCGCUCAUCAAGACCUAUUUCACACACGUACACAAAUACGUCCCCAUGAUCCACAAUCCCUACUUUUACAAACAACUGUCCAGCAAGGCCGAGGAUCCACCCUCGCCCUUGCUGCUCUAUGCCAUGUGUGCUGUCGCGUCACGCUGGACCGGCGAGUACACUGGCGCUUCCUCAGGGCAGAUUGCCCCUGGAUUUUCGUUCUAUCAGCGUGCUUUUGCCAAGAUUGACGAGUAUUCGGAUGCGCCACGCGUCUCGACCAUACAGGCACUUGUGUUGUUGACAAAGUAUCAAGAGUAUUACCGACGACUAGGCUUUUUCCAUCGUCCAGGUCUCUAUCUCGGGAUGGCAGUACGGAUGUGUAACGACCUUGGUUUGCCAAAGCUCGAUCCAGUCCCAGGCCCGGAUGAGGAUCCACAAGGAUAUGAGGAAAAGAAGCGUACUUUUUGGAUGGUGUUUAUCUAUGAUCUGAUGAUGAGCAUCGAACAAGGACGUGAGCCCUAUUUUGCUAAUAUCGAGUGUACCACCGAGUUCCCACUGGCAACGAGCGAAGAGGGACCUUACCUCGAAGAAGUUGUUACUAACAACAAUGCCGUGAUCCAACUUGCACGAAUUCUGUCCGAGAUUUUGCUCAUGUCUCGACGCGUGACGACACGACAGCAUGCUCAAGGCGACCAGCGCAACCAGGUGCAAAUUAUAGAAGAACAAGGGAAGCUGUUUCUGCUCAACACGCAUCUGGAAAACUUUGUGCAUGAGCUGCCUGCAUCACUGUCGUACGGCCCCACACAAAACUCGACGGUAUACCCUACAGACAAGCAGCCAAUCAGCAAUGUGUUUGUCGGUUUCCUGCAUAUGACUUACCAUUUCAGUGUCAUUUUACUGCACCGCCACUAUGUACUGCAUCCACUUCCUUCGUGCGAUCUCGAAAUGGAACCUUACCAGCACCAGCAGCUGUGUGCUGCAUCUGCAUCAAACAUUACGCAGAUUGCAGAAACCAUUUUGGAAAGUCAGGCGAUGGAUGCAUUCAGCUAUCCUACGCGCGGUAUCCAGCAUACCAUUCAUUGUGUCACUAUGGCUGCGACUGUUCAUCGUGACGGUAUGACAACGACGACGACGACCCAGGACAAAACACUGGUGGAUCAGGCUAAGCAGCACUGCAGAGUCGCCUGCUAUGGAGUUCCACUCUCAUAUCAAAGAGGCUGA